UGUCAAUUGUGCGUGGAAGAAUCAACCGCGCGACAGCAUCAUGGCGCCUUGUUCGAGCACAUUCAAGCAGCAUGAUGGGCCAGCAAAUUGCCGACGAAGGUCAACCAAACCGUGAUGUCGGAAACUCUAUCUUCCUUGCCCCACACUAUGUCGAUGGCAUCACAAAACACUCGGACAUGACCCAGCUGGACUGUGACCACCUCGGCUUCCUCCGCCUGCAACUCAUCACGCCAAAGUCUCCGCUCUACUCUGCGUCUGUCGAGGAAGCAGUACAAAUAGCUCCAUUUCCUGAUCCGUUCUGGGGGUUUUGCUGGCCGGGAAGCUACGCGAUCUGUCGGUACAUCCUGUCUAACCGAGAAGUCGUUCGCGACAAGCUCGUUCUAGACUUUGCGGCCGGAUGCGGCAUUGCGUCGAUCGUGGCGUUGCAAGUUGGAGCUGCUUCCUGCAUCGCCAACGACAUCGACCCCUGGGCAUGUUCUGCUUCGUUGAUCAACGCCGCUGCAAACCUUUCGCCAUCUGCCUUCACCUCCUCGUUCAACGUUCAUGACGGCAACCUUGUCGGGUCAACUCUGACUUCUAUUCACGCCACGAUGCGCCACCAUGCGUCCGUGCCUCAUGACCCGGUGCCGUCUGACUGGGUCGUGCUCGCCGGCGACGUGUGCUACGAAGAGCCACUGGCGUCGAACGUCAUCCAGUGGCUGCGAGCGUUGGCUGGUCAAGGUGUGAACGUGUUGAUUGGGGAUCCCGGUCGACAGUUCCUUCCACAAUCACGGUUGCGUCCCGUGGCAUCCUACGAGCUGCCCCCCACGAUUGCGGAUGGCAACUUUGGCUUGCAGCCGAAUGGGGUCGUCUGGACAACUCAGCACGAUUCCGCGACACCGUUAAAAGACCCUUUGAAGAGUGUAAAUUAGAGAGACCGUCCAUGUUGAUGCCACACACCCCAAUGCUCCUGAUUCAAUCCGCGCACUCAUGUCAAAAGUGCACCAGAAUCCACCUAAACACGGCAUGCACAUAUCACGUCAA